AAAAAAGCAAACCUUCGCCCGGCUGGCUGACUUGUUUUGGCUCGGUGUUUUGGUUUUUAUUUUUAAAUAAAACCAUACAUUUUUAUGUAGGAAGUGAUUGAAAUUAUGCUAAACUUACAUUUGUGAUAUUCCUAUUUUCAAUAAAUACAUGCUUCUAAUCUCAGUGUUCAUGACAAUAUAACAAUUUAGGUUAUAAAUCAAAACAACUAAAAUGAAGCUGUACUGUUUGAGUAGCGACGCAUCAAAGCCCUGCUUUGUGUUGUCCUUUCGUGAGUUGCUGAUCAUGCUUGACUGCGGACUGUCGGCGCACUCGGUGCUGAACUUUCUGCCGCUGCCGCCGGUGCCCAGCACAAGGCUCGCAUCAUUGCCGAAUUACACACCACCUCAUGUGAAUGACCCACUCCUGGAAGGGGAACUAAAAGAGUGCUGUGGGCGAGUUUUUGUGGACAGCAUCCCUGAGUUCUGCCCUCCCCUUGACAAAGUUGUAGAUUUCUCACAAUUGGAUGUGAUACUGAUAUCCAACUACACAUGCAUGAUGGCAUUGCCUUUCAUAACUGAAGACACUGGUUUCAAAGGUCAAGUGUAUGCAACAGAACCGACUCUGCAGAUAGGCAGGUUUUAUUUGGAAGAAUUGGCCGAAUGGGUGUCUGGUGCGGGAGGUUCCGGAAAUGCUGGUGCAGCAAAACGCUGGAAAGAGAUGCUGCACGUUUUGCCGUCUCCAUUAGCACUGGCUGCAAGGCCGAGAUCUUGGCGACGGCUGUUUUCUCCAGCGUCGGUAGCGCGCGCUUUGUCUCGCGUUCGUGUGGUGGGUUACGAUGAACGCGUGGACAUUUACGGUGCACUUGAUGCCACCGCUGUCAGUUCUGGCUUCUGUCUGGGAUCAGCUAACUGGGUGCUGCGCUCAGCUCGAGAGAAAGUCGCCUAUGUCAGCGGCUCUUCGACACUCACCACGCAUCCGCGCCCCAUAAACCAGGCGGCGCUGCGCGGUGCUGACCUCCUCAUCUUAGCUGCUUUAACACAAACCCCAGCCCACAACCCUGACCACAUGCUUGGUGACUUAUGUGUUCACGCAACUGUAACACUACGGGGUGGAGGCUGUGUCUUAUGCCCUGUGUACCCAAGCGGAGUUUUAUACGACCUUCUAGAAUGCUUAUCAGCACAUUUGGACGGUGCUGGGCUACAACACGUACCUAUGUACGUAGUAUCGCCAGUGGCGGAUUCAUCGCUGGCCUACAGUAAUAUUCUAGCGGAAUGGGUAUCAGUGGGGAAACAAGCUAAAGUAUAUCUACCUGAAGAACCGUUCCCUCACGCGGCUUUGGCGCGCGCUGGGCGGUUACGGCACGCUAAGCAUUUGCAUGAUGACGCCUUCAGUGCAGAGUUCCGUCAGCCAUGCGUCGUGUUCUGCGGCCAUCCGAGUCUACGAUUCGGCGCUGCAGUUCAUCUGGUAGAACUUUGGGCCAAUAACCCUGCACACGCCAUCAUAUUUACAGAACCCGACUUCCCUCACACAGAGGCGUUAGCACCAUUCCAACCGCUGAGCAUGAAGGCGUUCCAUUGCCCCAUCGAUACGUCCCUAAACUACUCGCAAGCGAGUAAACUGGUACGAGAGCUGCGACCAAAAGAACUGGCGCUGCCCGACCAAUACGCCCCACCCCCUGCACAUCAUCAACACACGGCACCCAGGGCGCACAUAACCACGGAGGUGCCCACAGUGGUAGUGCGUCGCGGCGCCGCGCGAACUUGCGGCGUCCGACGACGCUCCGCCCGAGCUCACCUCCCAGCCUCGUUAGCGGCCGCGGCUGCAGCCCGCGCCGCCCCCGCGCCUACCCCCGCGACAACCGCCCGACCCUCCCCCGCCGCUACUCCCGCGCCCGCCCUACGACUCGCGCCGCUCACCGCCUCGCUGGCGCUGCGGGACAAUAGGCUGGACUUGCUGCCCCCGCCGCCGCUGCCCGCCGCCGGCACUUCUACUGCGGAUGCUGAAACGGCUCGCGUCCACUGGGGCGCUUUGGACGUAGAAUCGUUCGUAUUGGCGCUCGCGCGGGAAGGCAUCACCGAAGCGAGGGUCGAAGGAGACAUAGUGCAUCUACCGCGACACGACACCCUCGUGCAAAUAGAAAGACACGCGACCCACGUGUUCUGUGAAGGACGCGCCGAUGUGCGGCAAGCGUUAAGGCGGGCGUUAGCUGCGUGUUUACCGCACGUUUAGACGGAAGACGCAACGGUGGAUGUUAAAUGGCCAUGGAAUCGCGUUCUACAACAAGCUCUUCGCUAAUUUGACGUUUCCCUUGUGACCUUUUUGAAAUCUACCCCACAGUCGCAACCAGCCGAAGUUGAAGUCGUAUUAAAAUAUUUGUGAUAAUCUUAUGUGUAUUUGUAAAAUAGCUUAAGUAAAAGUUUAUAACGACCAAUAAAAAUAAGUUUCUAAAUCUGAUGACUCUUUUAACAAAACAAUCCAACGAAAUAUAAAUUAAAACUUAAACUAACUCUUCAAAGUAUCACUUUUACAUUGGAAUUACAAAAUUAAGUGAUAAAAAGAAGCCUGUGACAAGUUUUGUUAUUUCUUUGUAAUGGUAGUCUGAUUGACAUCACAAUUUAACUACUUUCGAGUUGCGACCAAAAAAAUAGGACCAGCCGCAAGGCGAGGCGUCAAAGAGCCAUGAAAGAUCGAAGAUUGGUCUGCAAAAUGUUAUACUUCUUAAUUGCCAUAGGCUUAUACAUUCUGAUGUCCACACAUAUUCUGAUCACCAAGUAAAAAUUAUUGAUAUGAAAGUGAUAAUACAGACCAUUUUUUUUUUCAUUUAAAAUCUGUCACC